AUGGACGAAGCAGCUAAGAGAAAACAUUGUGGCCUUUUGAUGUUUGAAGUUCCAACACCCUCAUUUACUAAAUCCGGUAAUAAGUCGGCUACUUCGACUCAAUUUACCAUUGAUUGUACUUCAUCUAUGGAAAAUAGUAAUAUCCAGAAGGAUAAUUUUAUUUAUACUUCAUUCAUGGAGCCUAUCAAGGUUAGUCCACAACGCCCUCAUAAGAAUACACCAAUUACUUCGAUAGAACAAGAAUCAACUAAAAGUAAUGGAGCUGUAAAGAUAUCUCAGCAUAAAGAGGAAAAAAAACGUCGCCCUCCCAAUUCUUUCCUUCUUUACAGACAAGCCAAACAAUCGGAAGUAACACGUGCUCAUGGUAAUAUUUCCAAUGCAAAGAUAUCCAAAAUACUAUCAGACCUUUGGCAACAAGAAUCGGAUGAAGUAAAACUCUAUUGGCAAAAAGCUGCUGAUAAAAAGAAAAUGGAACAUAUGUUAACGUACCCGGAGUAUGUUUAUCGCUCAAAGUUAGUUACACCAAAAAAGAAGCGUAAAUCAAAAGCCACAGAUUCUAAUCAAUUUCAGAAUGCAUUACCUAUAGCUCAAACAUCUAAUAUCGAUGUAUCUCCACUCCCUUCCUAUCCUAUUAUUAUUCCAUCACAUCCUUGGUUUCAUGACCAAUUCGAAAUUCCUAAUCCCUCAGUUUUACCCUCAAUUUUUCCCAAUGAAGGUUUCAAUUACAAUUUCAUUAAUACACAUAAUACACAAAAUUACGAACAAUAA